AUGCAAAUGCUGGAUCAAAUUAGGCAAUGGAUGGAGCAACUUGACCAGAACAUUGACAACAUUCAAGAUCAGGUUAAUGUGGAACAGAAUGCGCCGGUGGGAAAUAUAGGUUUAGCAACAAAAGGAAAUGCUGGAAAUACAGUUGGAGGGGUUCAGGCUGGUGAUGUUGGUGGUAAUCAAGUCGAUGUUAUUAAUGUCGGUGGUAUUCAGGAUGGUGGUGUUGGUGGUAAUCAAGUUGAUGUUGGUAAUGUAGGUGGUAUUCAGGCUGGAGAUGUUGGUGGUAAUCAAGUUGAUGUUGUUAAUGUAGGUGGUAUUCAAGCUGGCGAAGUUGGCAAUGUUGGUGGUAUUAAGACAAAAGAUGCAGUUAAUGCAGAUGGUAUUCAAGUAGGUGACGCUGGAAAUGCAGAUCUUCAAACAGGUGCUGGUAAGGAAGUAGGUGUUCAGACUGAUGUUGGUAUCGUAGGAGGUGUCCAGGUUGAUGUUGGUAACGUCGGGGGUGUUGAGGCUGCUGCUGGAAACGAAGGGGCUGUUGGUGAUGUUGUUAAUUUAGGAGGUAUUCAGGCUGAUCUUCCUAAUGUAGGGGGUGUUCAAGCUGAUGUUGGUAAUAUAGGAGGUAUUCAAGCUGAUGUUGGUAAUGUAGGGGGUAUUCAGGUUGAUGGUGGUAAUGUAGGGGGUAAUCAGGCUGAUGUUCCUAAUGUAGGAGGUGUUCAAGCUGAUGGCGGUAAGGUAGGGGGUAUUCAGGCAGGUGAUGUUGGGAAUGAUCAAAACGGGCAAGGGUUAGCUCAAGGUGGUCAGGGGGGGAUGGACGGUCAAUGGAGAAAUGAUAAUGGUCAGUGGGGAAAUCCAGAUGGACAGUGGGUAGAUCCAAACGGACAAUUAAAUAAUAACAAUGGACAGUGGACUGAUCAAAACGGACAAUGGGACAAUGGACAGUGGCGAGAACAAAACUGGCAAUGGGGAAAUCAAAAUUGGCAAUGGCAGAAUCAAAACAACCAAUGGGGAAACAAUGGACAGUGGGGUUAA